UGAGACAACAACAUGCCAGCCACUCAAGGCUGAUGGGAGGAAUGCCGAGGCAGCAGACACCAAGUUGGACACAACCACAGACAGAAAUGGAUGCAUUAGAGACAUGGGAAGACGCAAACAUGGCAGCUCUCAUCGGACGCGGAGUGUGUUGUUUGAUGACGAUCUUUCCCCUCGGCCCCACGCUUCCAAGGGGAAGAAGAAGAGGAGGAAAUCGGAGAGAAAGAGGAAGAGGGAAAGGUCUCCGUACUACAGUCUGUCUCCGGUGAGGAAGAAGAAAAAGAAGAAGAGCUCUAAGAAAAGCAAGAGCUCUAAGAAAAGCAAACGCCACAGGUACACCUCUAAAAAGACAAAGCACAGCUCUUCUAGUUUGAAACAUAAGAGGAAGGAUGAUCGAAAGCAUAAGAAAAGUUCACGGAGGCACAUGCACCGGAGACGAAGCUACCGGAGGUCGGAGUCUGAGAGUUCCACCUGGCGCUCCUCCAGCACCGAGAGCGGACGUCAUCUGCACAAAUCAGUGGAUCACCCUGCGUUGGGAGGCCUAGCAGCCCUGAUGGAGGACCCUGGUACAUCACUGGACCACGGAGGGUUUGAGUGGGAGCCGGCCGCCAAGUCAGUGUGUAAAACAACUCCAAUCUUUCGCUCCGUCCUUUCUACCAGCACCGUCUUACAGUCAAAACCUGGCGGUGAGGUUUUAAACACAACAGUGAUUCUCCAUCACACUUUGUCCAAUCAGAGCAAAGGACCACAGGAUUACGAUUCCGGGAACGACACAUCUUCCCCACCAUCGACCAAAACCAGCAUUUCACAGUCAAACGUCACCGGCGACAAAAAGGUCCUAUGCCGUGCUCCGGCUUCACCAGAGAAACUGAGGUUCAGGGACGGAGACAACGCGUCCGACUCUGGGAACUCUGUGACCAGCUAUGCUUCCCUGUGUAAACCUCUGCAUGUGGAAGGUGGCUUGCCUACUGCUACUUUCAACGGGAAUGGCAAGAGUGACCCGGUGAAGACUUCAGGAUGUGGGGCCAAGGUGGGGAGACCUCAGAAGACUGCCUCCAUCUCUCCGUUGAGGACGGUUGCCUCUUCACGUAAGAGGACUAAAGCCAUCUCCUCCAGCAGCAGCAGCAGAAGCAGGAGUAGAUCCUCUGGGAGCUUCAGACACUCUGGACGCUACUCUCGAAGCCGAUCACUGUCAUCUGCCAGGUCGUACUCCCGUUCACCAAGCUACUCAGCUGGUUUGAGAAGGAAAGGAAGUGGUAGGUCCAGAGGAAGAUACUCCAGGAACAGUGAAGACAGGGUCCGAGAGAGGAAGAGGGACCCCAGCUCCUGUGAGAAGGAUAUGAAACACAGCAGUCGGAAGCAUAGCGGGAAGAGGCAAAAACCCAGGUCCUACUCUCCCAUGAGAAAAAGGAGGAGAGAUUCACCCAGUCACCUGGAAGCCAGGAGGAUAACCAGUGCCAGGAAGAGACCCAUCCCCUACUUCCGUCCCAGUCCUUCGUCCAGCAGUCGCUCUACCAGCGUAUCCUCUUGGAGCAGCCUCUUCACAAGGAGUCGCAGCCCCAGCCCUGGCCUCUGCCUCAGCCGAUCCAGGAGUAGAAGCCGAGGAAGAAGUAGGAGUUACUCCUCCUACAGGAGCUACAGUCGCAGCUCGUCUUGGAACUCCAUCUUUGGGAGUCGAAGCCGGAGUCGGAGCUAUGACUCGUUGGAUGGUUACAGCAAGAACAAGAACCGGCGCUGAGUUAUAAAACAGACUGAGGAAGAGGAGACUGACUUAUCAACAGACUGAGGAAGAGGAAACUGACUUAUCAACAGACUGAGUUAGCAACAGACUGAGUUAUCAACAGACUGAGGAGGAGACUGCACUAUGGUUCCCCAAGUCAACAGGAGAACAGUGAAAGUAUGGGGACAUGUUUUCCUCUCUUUGCAUCAUUCCAUGUUAGAUCUCUGAGCCAGAACCUUCAAGCAAUUGUUUUUACCAUACAUUGAAUUGCUUGGCAGAUGAAUUACCAUUUGAAUUGUAGCAGUGCUGUUCACAUUACCCAGACAGAAACCACUGGAAAUAGAUUGAUUGAAUUUUGUCUUUCGUUCAUUUUUGUCCAUCCCCAGUGGAUUUGUAAUGUCCAGAGACAGUUUUAUCCAUCCCCAGUGGAUUUGUAAUGUCCAGAGACAGUUUGGUCCAUCCCCAGUGGAUUUGUAAUGUCCAGAGACAGUUUUAUCCAUCCCCAGUGGAUUUGUAAUGUCCAGAGACAGUUUGGUCCAUCCCCAGUGGAUUUGUAAUGUCCAGAGACAGUUUGGUCCAUCCCCAGUGGAUUUGUAAUGUCCAGAGACAGUUUGGUCCAUCCCCAGUGGAUUUGUAAUGUCCAGAGACAGUUUGGUCCAUCCCCAGUGGAUUUGUAAUGUCCAGAGACAGUUUGGUCCAUCCCCAGUGGAUUUGUAAUGUCCAGAGACAGUUUGGUCCAUCCCCAGUGGAUUUGUAAUGUCCAGAGACAGUUUGGUCCAUCCCCAGUGGAUUUGUAAUGUCCAGAGACAGUUUUGUCUUGUGACUCUCUUCCUCUGACGCCCAUGAGUGAAAUGAAGGAUGAAGGAGCACCGUUCAUUUUUACCCUCUGAUCAACUCUUCAUUUCAUAACAACUCUUACGUUUAAUUUAUGAUCUGGGAUGUGCACUAGAAAGGUAUUUUGGGACAAUUUCAGUAGGUUUGUGAAUGUGUGUAUUUUCAAAGGGCGUGUUUUUCAGGAAGAGUAGGAAAAGGUGUGUUCCUUCUCUGAUCCCAGCUCUUCAGAAUGUAGAACACAAACAUUCCUCCUCUGAGAAAUGGAGGAGGAGGAGGAGGAGGAGGAGGUAGGAGGAGGUAGGAGGAGGUGGUCGGUGGUCCCGGUGGCAAACAAACUGCUUGUCAGCUCAAAUGCCAGUUUUAUUUAUCCUCUGAUCAAGUGGAAACCAUUUGAAAUGUCAUUCCUUGGAAAAUGAUGGUGAAUUAACAUAUCACUCUGCAGAAGGCCAAGACUGAGAAAUGGCUUUGUCAUGAUCCAGAAAUCCUGAAAAUGUCCAGGAAAGCAUUAUUUUCCCUAACAACCCCAAAUGACACUGAACAAUUUGGAUAUCUAAAUUGCAACACCUGGGGUAGGGGUUAAAUGACCAUUUAAUUAAACACUGAUUAAUAUGUAGGUUGUCAUAUUUUUUUCAUUCAUCUUGGUGGUUAUCUACUCAUGUAUUUAUUUAUGGUUGAUCUUUAUGUGUUCUAUGUGUUCUAUGAGUUAUAUGAGUUCAAUAACUUCUAUGUGUUCUAUGAGUUCUGUAAGUUCUAUGAGUUCUAUGUGUUCUAUGUGUUCUAUGAGUUAUAUGAGUUCAAUAAGUUCUAUGGGUUCUAUGUGUUCUAUGUGUUCUAUGAGUUCAAUUCCUUUGACUAAAACUUGAAUAAGAGACAGUGUUGAAAUGUUUUACUUUUCCUUUUGACCGAGAGGAAAUUAAACAUUGGAUGAAUCUACUAUUUUAACGGUCUGAAAUAGCACUGUAACAUAAUUUGCUUGAAUUGAAUGAGUUUGGUAUUUCAGAACCUCUUCAGUCUUGUUUUGUUGUCUGUCCGAAGGACAAUAUAAAACAAAUGUUUGUGUCAUGCAUACUUGUAACGUGUUUACAAUCAUAUUUCUGCAUUUGUGUCACCUCUCGGUAAUGGUAUCUGUUUGUUUCUAUGUAACACCAUUAUGCCACUGGGGUUCUACUAUGUCUAUGAUGUAAUGUUAGGGUCUGAAUGAAGAAGUUCCAGUUUAAACUCUACAAUGGACAGUCUGAAUGCCAGUCUGUUUGUGCUUUCACGCCAACUCAAUGUCACCCAUUGAAAGUAAUGGAGUUGGCAAGAGACCAAACAGAUCUGGGACCAGGCUACAAUAAACAAUGUAAUGGCAUAUA